UUUCCCAGCAGCUCCUGUGUUGUUGUCUGUGGAGCUGCAACCAAGUGCUUCAGCUCCUCCACGGAGGGGGUCCUACUAGCCAGCUCUGCUCUCGGGACAGGCAAGCCAUCCUCACAUCCUGAUCUGAGGGAAUGCUAAGUGGUGUUGAACGCAAUUGACAAGCCUGUAGUCCAGAGACUGGGGAGUGAGAAUGAGGAACCUGCUGACCACCCAGAACCAGAACUGCUACCGCGAGCAGAUUGAGAAGGAGACCUACACACGGUUGGCCUGGAAGAGUCGCUACAGCCACCAAUACCCCACUGCCUUCAUCUCACGCAAGACCAGAGACCUUGGGCUUCCCAAACUUCAACUCCCAGAGUCCUCCAGGACCGGGCCUGCCCUCCCCCCGGUCCUGAAGCCAGGGGAGAAGAAGAGAGAGGUGCCUGCUCCAGUGGUGGUGCAGCGGUCCCUCAGCGAAGCCCCCCUGAUGAGACCGGUGACCCCCCAGACCACAGCGGACCUGUACCAGGGCUUCUCCAAGGAGGGUAAGGGGCGCACCCUGUACCUGCACAGACGCACCCAGAAAGGCCCAGAGGAGAAGUUUGACUAUCCUCUCCUGUCCUCCUGGGAAUACGGCUGGAGACUGGGUGACUAUGAACAGGAUUACAGAUCUCCGACCAACGGGAAGUCAGGAGUGGUGAGGAACACUUUCUACGCGAGGAAUGGGAUUUUCAAUUUUCCAACAGCGACUGAUCGUCUUGGGUAACAAGCUGAACAACCUUCUCUUUCCUGCUGUUUUGGCCUUGUUAUCACUGAACUCAAACAAAAAGCAAUUCUCUCCAAAUAACGAGUAUAACAGUUUAAGUUGUUCGGUUUU